GGGCGCCAUGGCGGAGGACGCGAUGGAGAGCUACCUGUACGCCGCCUACCCGCCCUACUCGUACCGCUACCCGCCGCCCAAGGGCAAAGGCGGGGCGGGCGGCUGGCGGCCGCGGGGCGGGUACUUCGCGGGCUACGGGGAGGCGGCGGCGGCCGCGGCCGAGUACUUCGACAACUACCAGCGGGCGCAGCUGAAGGCCAUCCUGUCGCAGGUGAACCCCAACCUGACGCCGCGGCUCCGCAAGGCCAACACCAAGGAGGUGGGCGUGCAGGUCAACCCGCGGCAGGACGCCUCGGUGCAGUGCUCCCUCGGGCCCCGCACGCUGCUGAGGCGCCGGCCCGGCCCCGCCCCGUCGCGGCCCCGCGAGGCGGCCCCGGAGCCGCAGGCGGAGCAGGAGCAGGGCAGCCCGGCCACCACCAGCACCCGAGCCGUGCGCUUCCCGCGCACCGUCGCCGUGUACUCGCCCGUGGCGUCCCGCCGGCUCACCGCCUUCCCCGAGGAGCCCGAGCCGCCGCCGCGGGAGCUCCAGGAGCCGCGGGAGCCCGAGGAGCCGCCGGCCCCGGCGGCCGUCGAGGAGGAGCGGCGCGAGGCGGAGGCGGAGGCGGUGCGCGCCAGCUGGGAGAAACCGCCCGAGAGCGAGGCCGGGCGCGAGGCCGCUCCUCUGGAGCAGCGCGGGGCCGCGGCGCCGGAGGGGACCCGGGAGGAGGCAGAGCCGCGGGAGGAGCCGCCCGCCGCGCCCCAGAAGCAGCAGGAGGCGGCCCCGGGCAAGGCCCGUCUGCGCUUCCAGUUCUUGGAGCAGAAGUACGGCUACUACCACUGCAAGGACUGCAACAUCCGCUGGGAGAGCGCCUACGUGUGGUGCGUGCAGGGCACCAACAAGGUGUAUUUCCGUCAGUUCUGCCGCACCUGCCAGAAGUCCUACAACCCGUACCGCGUGGAGGACAUCACCUGCCAGAGCUGCAAGCAGACGCGCUGCACCUGCCCCGUGAAGCUGCGCCACGUGGACCCCAAGAGGCCGCACCGCCAGGACCUGUGCGGGAGGUGCAAGGGGAAGCGCCUCUCCUGCGACAGCACCUUCAGCUUCAAAUACAUCAUCUGAGGAGGAGGAUGGGGGAUUUUGUUUGUUUAGGGCUCUUCCAGGGAACUGCAGGCUCGGCAGGUUGAUUUCUGUUGUUGUUGUUUGGGGGGUGGCUGGGAAAGCUGCGAGUAAAGGUUGGGCGAAGCCUCUGCUGGUCAGCUGGGGCUGUGCCCGGUUUGGGGGCGCGUGUUGAAGUUUUGGUAAUGGUGUAAGGGAAGAGCCUGCAAAUCAUGGUUUGCCAAUUAGCGCCAGCCUGGGCUGCAGCCGGCUCGAGGCUGUGCGGAGUCUCAGACAGGAAAGAACACUGGUUACCCAUCCUGCAUGGGAAGCUCAACCGCUUGGGCAUCAGGCUGACAUCCACCGCGGGUGGCGGAGCACAUCACAGAGAGGGCCCUGGCGGUGGUCAGUCACUGUGCACGUUGGUGUUGCAGGGCUCCUGCACUGCUGUUCCUCUCUGGACAGCGGCUGAGAAUGACUUUGUUUGUAGAAGUCAGGCUGCUGCCGGUAUGGCUGUCCAGGCCUGGCUGAGCUGGUGUUGUACGUUUGGGGGGGGGGGGUCUUAAUUCGUCUUCAGAGGCAGCUGUCACUGACUGAUGGUGAAGGAGUUGUUGGUGUUACACACACUGGGUGAACAGAAACUUUGGGUUACUGGGAGAAGUGACACUCAUAGGGCUCCAGCUUCCUCUGAGCCUGCGGGUGCUGCACAAGGAGCUGUACCACGUGGCGGUGUGUGCUUGGAGUCACCCCUACGUGUGGUUCUGCUGCCUUUCAUCAGGGAAGGAGCGGAUCACUGCACAUCUGGGAUGGGGUUUGCAGCUAGAGGUGGUGCACCCAGACUAUUUCUGCUGCCAGGGUGAGGUCUCUGUUGGGAUGAGCACGUUUCAGUGGUGUUAUGCACAUCAGUGCACUACAGCAGUGCCACCUGCACAGACAACUCAGGGAAACCUGUGCCCCACUAUAGUCUACCUCAUAGCGAAGGAGUUGGGUAAACAAUGGAGAAAUGUACUUUCCUGAGAACGCAAAUAAAGCUGUUACCUUUGAAAUUAA